AAAGUAGAACAAUACCAUCAACCACCGCCCGCAACAUUUCGUAUUUCCACUGCGCCUUUUUCUUCCCACCAAUUUAAUGGCUCGCUCUCUCAUUUCUAUAAACGCUACGCCUUCAAUCCGAAACUGGCAAACAAUCGAGAUUUCAAUUCUAAUUCGCUUCAUUCUUACCUGAAAUGGUGAAAUCGGAAGACGCAAAGAAAUCACGCGUGAAUCAAUGGUAUCUGAUUUUCAUCGGCGCUGCCGUCGCUCUCGUCCUUGCUAUUUCGUUUGUUCCGAGGAACUCUCCGGUCGCCUUGAUUGAUCGCAUCAAAAGCUGCUAUUGCUCUCAGGAAGGGCUUAAAUAUCAUGGACUUGUGGAGGAUUGUUGUUGUGAGUAUGAGACCGUGGAUCGGAUCAAUGUGGAGGUGUUGUAUCCCUUGCUCCAACAGAUUGUGAAAUAUCCAUUCUUCCGAUACUUUAAGGUAAAAUUGUGGUGUGAUUGCCCUUUCUGGCCGGAUGAUGGUCUUUGCCAUUUGAGGGAUUGCAGCGUCUGUGAAUGCCCAGAGAAUGAGUUUCCUGAAUCAUUUCGGAAACCUUCUGGAACUGGUCUCUUGUCAGAUAAACUAGUUUGUCAAGAGGAAAAGCCUGAGGCUGCUGUAGAUCGCACAGUAGAUGCUAAAGCUUUCAAAGGCUGGAUGGAGGUGGAUAAUCCAUGGACAAAUGAUGAUGAGACAGAUAAUGCUGACAUGACAUAUGUGGAUCUACAACUGAAUCCUGAACGCUACACAGGCUAUAGUGGUCCCUCUGCAAGAAGAAUAUGGGAUGCAAUUUAUGCAGAGAACUGCUACAAUUAUCCAUCUGAGGAGUGCCAAGAGAAGAGAAUAUUGUAUAAGUUGAUAUCUGGUCUUCAUUCAUCCAUCUCGAUUCACAUUGCUGCUGAGUAUCUGCUCGAUGAGAAAACAAACACGUGGGGCCAAAACUAUUCAUUAAUGUAUGACCGGGUCUUGAAACAUCCUGAUCGUGUCCGAAACUUGUACUUCACUUUUCUUUUUGCACUUCGAUCAGUGUUAAAAGCUAAGGAAUAUCUGGAGCAAGCUGACUACGAUACUGGAAAUCCAUUAGACGACAUGAAUACACAGCUCUUGUUGAAGAAGCUGCUUAACGAUCAUCAACUGCUAUCUGCCUGCCCUAAACCAUUUGACGAAGCUAAACUGUGGAAAGGCCAGAGUGGACCAGAACUGAUGAAGCAGACACAGAAACAGUUCCGAAAUAUAAGCGCAUUGAUGGAUUGCAUUGGGUGUGAAAAGUGCCGUCUUUGGGGGAAGCUUCAGGUUCUGGGACUCGGGACUGCACUAAAAAUUUUGUUCUCCGUCAAUGGCGACCAACCAUCUGCUCAGCGACUGCAACUGCAAAGAAACGAGGUUAUUGCUUCAAUAAAUCUUCUCAAUCGGCUUUCGGAAUCAGUCAAGCUAGUCCAUGAGAUGGGGCCUUCAGUCGAGCAGAUGUUCGGAAAAAUCAUCAGAGGACCAAGCGACCAAACUAUUCAUCAGAGCUAGUAAUCUUCCAUCAAAUUAUAUCUUGCAUUUUCAUCGCCUUUUUAGAGCGAGUACUCGACUGAUCUCUCUCUCGUCAGCAGGCGUUUAAAUUAAGUGACCAGCUUCAGCUCCGGUUCGUGAAACUGUGUUGCAGUAAAUGAAGUCCACGGCAGCUGGAAUCGAAGCUGAGUCAAUGUCACUGAGAGAACGUUGCUCCAAUUGUAUGUGUUUCUCUUUCUAAUUUGUUGGUUUAUGGUUUUGGUGUUAAUCUGUUUAUUGUAUAUGAAAUAUCAUUAAUAUGAUUGUAUCUUGGCACACCGCUCUUCAUGAGCUGAUAUAAUAUGUGUUUGUGCGCGUGCGCACAUAUAUUUUCGAAUAGAUUUUUGUAAAUGAAGUUAUGAUAUUGGUUGAGGAUCCAGAUUAAGAUUGAGGAAUCUGAGCUCCAGACAGGAGUAGGUAGUAAUACUUGAAUUGAGUUUUGAAGAGAACAUAUUUAAGUGAUGAACUAUAUACCUACAUAGAAGAAUACAUGUAACCUAAGAUAGCAGAAAUAUUUCUGAAAAAGAAGCCAUGCUUAUGUUAUCUGCUACUCUUAUUCGGACUGCUUUGUCCGUAUAAUCACUGCCUUGUCCGUGCAUCAUCAGUCAUUUGCUUUGUCUGCCUAGCUAGCUCCAUUCAUUUACGUUCUUGAAAUCCCUUAGUUGGCCGCGUCUGCUGCUGCUGGCCGGCCGUGUCUCUCCUCGGAGCUUCUGCGCCCGUGGGGCGAUGGGAAAUCUUUGAGAAGGGCAAAGAGAAAUGGGAGUUGGAAUUAUGCUUCACCAAACAUUUCCUACAUAUUAGUACAACACACAAAGAGGAAACACUUAUAAUGGACUCUUUGCUUUCAAAUGAUGCCUAAUAUUCUGUUUCGAAGGGCAUCGCUGGGCACACCUUAUGGCCAGCGGCAUCCAUCUUCUCCAAUCCUUCCUCCGCUAUCGUCUCGAGAUUCGGAGCGUUUGAAGCCUUCUGUGGGAAGAUUACUGGCGCUGGUGCAACCUCAACCCAGUUCUCAUACCUCAUUUGCUUUCUCAUCUUUGUUUUGCACCACCAAAAUAUUCUACACAGAUUCUUGUAGGGAAUGUGAAGAUGGCGAUUGUAAAGUGGUUUUUAUUGUAUUCAUAUGGGGGAAGGGAAACUGUUGAAGGACCUUGAAUUGUGGAAAUUAAUGGCAGAACAGAAUGCCAGGUGUUUGGUUUUCUUGAUUAUUGUUGUUUGAGGAAUCUAUUCUUUUGAAUUGUUCAAUAUUUCAGCUCUACUGAAAUUUUCACCGUCUA